GGGGUAUAAAUUGUUAUGAUGUAUUUAAAGAAGAAUAUUUUAUUCUUCAUGCUGUUAUAGUUAAUUGGUCAGUUCGCACAAACUAUAUCUAUUAUCUUACAACUCCACCUCCAAAUUUUAAUUUAGAAAGAUAUUGUCCAGCUAAUCUACCAAAUAGAACACAUAAAGAAUGGAAAGAAAGGCUUAAGAAAAUCUGUAAAGCAAAAUCUGAAAAAGAGUGA